UUCCUCUCCAAGUGAUUUAUUUUUCCUACAAUUUCUAACACCUCCACAACCUUAGGGUCCAUUGAUAGAAGGAGCCAUAUCAUUGCAAAACGUACAUUGGAGAUCAAUAUGGAAUUAUAUUCUUUUACAAGACAUGUUCGCAUUAAAAAAACUAUAUAGAUUGCUUCGAAAUAAUAUCUUUACGUUGACCCUUUCUUGAACCAGAACCGGGGAGGAUGAGAGGAAAGGGCCAUUGCCACCCCUUUUCCUCCUCCUAACUAUUUUUUUUCGUUUCUUACCUAAAAGCUUUUGAACGUGAUGAUCAUGAAUUUAUGUACAAUCAUGCAUUUUUCUUUUUAAACAUUUUGGAAUCUUGAGAGGGACAACGUGAAGAAAUAUUUUUUUUUUCUUGUAGACUUUUUCCAUUUGAGUUCCAUUUGUAAAUAGACACAAUUCAUAUUAAUUCUUAUAUAUUUCGAAAAAGAGAUUUUUUUUUUCUUGAGGGGACCGUGGAAGUUUUUUUUGAUCUUUUGAGAGGAUCAAGAACAUGAGUUGCCUCCCUUGCUUCAAGAAAAAAUCCGAAUCGCCGCAGGAGGAGCUGCCGGUAGCUCAGCCUAAAGAGAUCGCAACCAUCCCACCACAUCCCGCUGAACCCUUUCAGAAAGACGACAAUAACCCUAUCGAAAAUGGUAACACCAAUGCUAAGACUUUCACAUUCCGUGAGCUUGCCAGUGCAACAAAGAAUUUCAAGCAAGAAUGCCUGAUAGGUGAAGGUGGAUUCGGAAGAGUGUUCAAGGGAACGCUUCAAGGCGGACAGGUUGUGGCAGUGAAGCAACUAGACAGGAGUGGAACACAAGGAAACCAGGAGUUUCUUGUUGAGCUCUCAAAGUUGACUCUCCUUAAGCACCCAAAUCUGGUCAAUCUCAUUGGAUAUUGUGCUGAUGGCGAUCAGCGGAUUUUGGUCUUUGAAUACCUGCCUAUGGGUUGCGUAGAAGACCAUCUCCUUGACCUCAAAGAUGGGAAAAAGCCAUUAGAUUGGCUAUCCAGAAUGAAGAUAGCUUCAGGUGCUGCUAAUGGACUCGAGUAUCUACACGAAAAGGCCAAUCCACCAAUUAUUUAUCGUGAUCUGAAACCCUCAAACAUUCUACUGGAUCAAGAUUUCAAUCCUAAACUUUCAGAUUAUGGUAUUGCUAAGCUUGCAGGUGGAGGGAGUAGGACAAAUAUGUCUCCAAUGAUGGUGGGAAAUGGUUAUUGUGCUCCAGAGUUUGAAAGAUCGGGUGAACUCUCUAUGAAGUCAGAUGUAUACUGUUUUGGAGUUGUCUUGCUUGAACUUAUAACAGGGCGUCGCGUAGUGGAUACAUCAAGGCCAGCAGACGAGCAAAAUCUAGUUGCUUGGGCACAACCCUUUUUCAGGGAUCCAAAGAGGUUCCCUGAAUUGGCAGAUCCGCGUCUUGGAAAGAAGUUUCCUGCCAAAAGUUUAAAUCAAGCAGUUGGGGUUGCCGCAAUGUGUCUUCAAGACGAACCAAUGGUUCGUCCUUUAAUUGGUGAUGUUGUGGCAGCUCUUAGUUUUCUUACAAUGCCACAACCCGAUGACCCUAUUCCUAGUUCGCCUCCAGCUCCAACCCCAACAUCAAAUAUGGAUAAGUCAAACAAAGAUCAACAGAGUUCAGAAAAUGAGGACCAAGGUGAUUCAGAUGAUGAGGAUCAAGGCGAUUCAAAUAAUGAGGAUGCAAGCAGUGAGAGUGACCAGCAAAGCAAUGAAAAAGUCCAUGACAAACAAUAUUCUCAAAAGGUCCAUGACAAACAACGGUCUCAAAAAGCUCAUGAUAAUCAAGAGGAUGAUAGAGGAAGUUCAGAUUAUGGAUACGGAAGCGGAUCGGGAUCAUCAGAAUAUGAGGAUGACAGUGGAGAUGAACAAGGAGAGGUGACAACAAAAUCUGGAAAAUGGGGUUCUGCAGGUUCGAGACAUAAAAGCAAGGUAAAAUCCCGCUCUAGAAGUGUCAACUCAAGUUCAAGUAGCGGAACAUCCAACAGUAAUAUCACAAGGGAGCGUCAAGAGAAAGCAACUGUUGAAUCUAAUGGGAAAUAAUGUGAGUCUUGCAACAGCAUGGAUUCAAAUUUAAGUCACAGAUAGAGAACUUGGUUUGAGUACAAAACAAAGAUCCAAGAGAGCAAUUGCUAGCACAAAUCGCAGAAGUAAAAGCAACAUGGAAUCAAGUAAUGUAAGUAUUGAUUUCGUUAAGGCAACAAAGCAACUUAAAUUCUAAUUAUGGAAGUUUUGGUGCAUCAAGUCACAGCACAAGGAAGAAUCAUAACGUUAAAGUAAUGGUUCAAAUCAUCACCAGAGUAUAGAAUUAAAAGCAUGUAACUGUACCUUGUAAUUAAACUUUUUUCAUAUUUCAUAUUUCCAUUUUGACAAACUUAAUUUUACAUUUUGGCUAUGAUUAGUGUUGACACAAGUGAUUAUUUGAGUGAGCUUUUUGAGUAAGAUGUUUCACUAACAUUAAAUAUA